AUGACCAGCCAAGGAAGUCCUGGUGUGGAGUUUUCUACAACAACAGUCAGUUCAGUAGCUGUGCAGGCUGGGGAUUCCAAAAUCAUUAUAGCUGUCAUAAAGUGUGGCAAAUGGGUACAACUUCAACUGGCUGAAUCACAGCCCAAUCUUCUAGAAAUUGGUAGCAGUCAAGAUGAAGCCAAAAAACUUCUUCAUGAUCAUGAACUUCUUUUGGCCAAGCUCAAGGCUUUGGAAGACCGGGUAUGGGAACUCUUGCAAGAAGCAGACAAGACAGCUGAAGAGAAUGAGGAUCAGAGUCAGGUGUACGAUGCCAUGGCCAAGACCCUGGGUGAAGCAUGGGCGACCCUGGUCUCCAUGCUUGAAAGAAGAAGGGAGCUCCUUAGGUUGACCUCUGAAUUUUUUGAAAAUGCCUUGGAGUUUGCUAUUAAAAUAGACGAAGCUGAAGAUUUUCUCCAGAAUACUCAUGAGGUUGAGAGUGCUGAGUCCCUAAAAUCACUUCUUCAGCUUCAUGAGCAACAUGCUAAAGAACUCCUAGAACGAUCUCUAGCCCUUUUAAACAAAAGUCAACAACUCACUGACUUCAUAGAAAAAUUCAAGUGUGAUGCACCUAAUGUGAGUCCUGAGUUGAUUCAGGGAGCUCAGAGCAGCUGUCUGAAGAUUGACAGCCUUCUUGAGGUUCUGCAGGACAGGAGACGGCAACUAGACAAGUACCUGAAGCAACAGUGGCAAGAACUGGAUCAGGUUCUGCAGAUAUGUCAGUGGGACCAACAAGAAAACCAGGUUACUCAUUGGUUUCAGAAAACCAUAAAAGAUUUACAGGAACAAAGUCUAGGUUCAUCACUUUCAGACAAUGAGGAGCUAAUUCGUAAGCAUGAGGAACUGAUAAUAAAAGCAAAGGAAUGGAAUUCUGCUGUCGAGAAGCUGAAGAGUGAGGCAGUGGGGAUUCUGCUGUCAAAGGACUAUGUGGAGAAAGAACACCUACAGAUUUCCAGCCAGAAACUGAAUCAGCUUCAAGAAGAAUUUGGCCAACUCAUGGUGGAAAGGAAAACCUGGUUGAAAAAGACAAAUGAUUUUUUUAACAGUGCUAACAAGGCAUUUGAUGUACUUGGAAGAGUUGAAGCUUACCUUAAGCUCCUUAAAUCAGAGGGUUUAAGUCUGCCUGUCUUGGCAGCGAGGCAUGAGGAAUUACACAGAGAAAUUAAAGACUGCACAGCUGAUGCUUUGCAAAAGGGACAAACCUUAAUCAGCCAAGUAGACUCCUGCAGCUCUCGGGUGACUGGCAUCCAGGAGAUGAUGGGAUGCAUUCAGAGACGAGUGGAUCAUCUGACCGAACAGUGUUCAGCACACAAGGAAUUUGCUCUUAAGAAACAGCAAUUAACAGCCUCAGCAGAGGGUUACCUAAGGAAGGUGGAAAUGUCAAUUCAGAAAAUCAGUCCAGUACUUUCUAAUGCAAUGGAUGUCGGUUUCAGCCUUUCUGAAUCAGAGAAGAUUUUGAAUAAAUAUCUGGAACUAGAUAUCCAAACUAAGGAGACAUCACAUGAAUUAGAAGCAGCUGCAAAAAUCAUGACAGAGAAAAAUGAAUUUGAACCUGAUGGAGUGGCAUCACUUUCUUCUAAAGCUAAACUGCUAGAGGAAGAAUUAAAUAUACUUGGCCAAAGCAUUGGCUCCAGGUCACAAGUUCUGCAAACUUAUGUGGCAUUUCUAAAGUCAUCAGAGGAGGUAGAGGAGCAGUUUCAGAGCCUAAAGGAGUUUUAUCAAACUGAAAUCUCUCAGAAGGAAGAGGAUGAUGCUAAAGCCAAAUAUUGGUCUGACUCAGCUGAGAAGCAGUGGCAGCUAUUUUUAAAGAAGAGUAUUUUAACCCAAGACCUAGGGCUUGAGUUUCUUAAUUUAAUAAAUAUGGCAAAAGAGAAUGAAAUAUUAAAUGUGAAAAAUGAAGUGUACAUCAUGGAGAACACUAUGGAAAACCAGAAGGCAGAAAGGGAAGAACUUAGCUACCUUCGGAUGUCACGGCAACUUAAAGCCACUGAAAGCCAGCCUGUGAAACAGCGGUGGGGAGCAUUCAAAGAGAAACUUAAAAAGCAACUGAAUGAUGAGGUUCAGUACAUUAUGAAAGAAUCAGAAGAGAUAAGUGGCAAAGGAGCCCCCAUGAAAGAAAAGUCUCAACAACUGAAAGACCUUAUUCAUCUCCAUCAAAAACAAAAAGAGAGAAUCCAAGAUUAUGAGGAUAUCCUGUACAAGAUUGUCCAGUUCCACCAAGUCAAGGAGAAGCUGGGACAUCUCAUCAGUUCGAGAGAACUGGAGUUUCUAGAGCAGACAAAGGAACUGGAUGAUGUUCAUGAGGCCCAGAUUUACCUCGGUCGCUCUCAGGAGAAGCAGGCUCAUGUCGACCAUCUCUGUAAUCUGGCCCUCUCCUUAGGAGUGGACAUCAUCUCAUCAGUGCAGCGGCCUAACUGCUUCAGUGUUUCUGCAAAGAGCCUGCAGCAGCAGCUGGAGACCCUUGAGGAGGACAGCAUGAACUGGCGUGCCAAAGCCCAGGAGCAUGACCACAGCCUGGCCCGCAGCUUGGAGUACUGCACUGCAAGAGACGAGAUAAACGAGCUCAAAGAGUCAUUCAAAGAUAUCAAAAAGAAAUUCAACAAUUUGAAGUUUAAUUACACUAAAAAAAGUGAAAAAGCUCGGAAUCUGAAGGCUCUUAAAUAUCAAAUUCAGCAAGUUGAUAUGUAUGCAGAAAAAAUGCAGGCUUUGAAAAGGAAAAUGGAAAAAGUUGAUAAUAAAACUUCUGAUUCUUUCUUAAAUUAUCCAAGUAGUAAAGUUAAUGUCCUUUUGGAAGCCAUGAAGGAUCUGCAAAAAUAUGUGGAUGACUUUGACAAAGUUGUGACAGAUUACAAGAAGAAUUUGGACCUGACUGAGCAUCUCCAGGAAAUGAUAGAAGAGUGCCACUUUUGGUAUGAAGACGCAAGUGCCACAGUUGUAAGAGUUGGAAAAUAUUCCACAGAGUGCAAGACAAAGGAAGCUGUGGAAAUUCUCCACCAGCAGUUCAAUAAAUUUAUUGGGCCUUCAGUGCCUCAGCAAGAAGAAAGGAUUCUGGAGGUCACCAACCUUGCUCAGCAUUUAUAUGGUUUGGAAGAAGGGCAGAAAUACACUGAGAAAAUAGUGGCAAAACACAAAGAGGUUCUUGAAUCCAUUACUGAAUUAUGUGGGUCUCUCACGGAACUUGAAGAAAAAUUGAAGCAGGGAGACAUUUUAAAGAUGGAUCCAAAUUUGGAAGACUUCCACGACAAUUACGUUGACCUACUAAAGGAACCAGCAAGAAAUAAGCAGAAAAUAUUCAAUGAAGAAAGCAAUAAGGGGCAGGUACAGUUGGCAGAUAUUUGGGCCAUCGACAGAGCAGGGGAAGAUGGGUUUCCACGGGACCCGAAGCAGCUGUCCCUUGCCAGAGAGGGCAGCGUCCAGGGCCUGCUCCUGCCUGAAGACAUGCUGUCAGGCAAAGAAUAUGAGUGUGUCUCACCUGAUGACAUCUCCCUGCCUCCACUUCCGGGGAGCCCGGAGUCCCCCGUCGCACCAUCUGACAUGGAGGUGGAGGAGCCUCCCAGCUCCUCCCUCAGCCUUCACAUCCACAGCCACAGGACGCAGCUGGGGACCAACUGUCCAGGGGAGGCCCAGGAAUCUGUUCUCCCACCACCGGUUGCUUUUGAGGAUGCAUGCGAUGAUAAGAGAGAAACAUUUUUGAGGCAUUUGGAGAGGUCUUCCCCCCAAUACAAAGCUGAGCCCCCACUAACCUCAGGAGGAGGAUUUCUGGAAAAGAGUACUGCCUUACCCAAAAUGAAUGCUAAACCUCCAGAGAGCAUGCUGAGUGAAGUGCAUGAGACAGCUUUACAACAGCACCCUCAGGCUCAGGGAAGUGUGCAGGGAACAUGGGAGAAAAUGCAUGCUGAAAAUAACAACGUAACUAAAACCCAAACCCGAGAUAGGCUGCAUGCUUCCUCUGAUACAUUCUCAGGCCUCAGAUUUCAAUCAGACAGCAGCUGGGGCUAUCAGAGGCAAAUGGCUCCCCGAGAAGAGAUUAAAAGCACAUCGGCAAAGAACAGCGUGGUCAGCCUAGAUGGCCAGGCUCCUAGUUUUUCCAGGCUCCUGUCUAAUGUAACUGUCAUAGAAGGUUCUCCAGUGACUUUGGAAGUUGAAGUAACAGGAUUUCCAGAGCCUACACUGACAUGGUGGGUAGCCUAUAAUGACAAGCCAUAAACAGAAGCAAGUUCAAUCUCUGAGAAAAUCAUUCUGUGUGCACUAACUUAAAGGUUUAGGGCUAGCUGAUUAAUAUUCCACAGCACUGCAACUCUGCGUGAUUCAAUCUCACAUCAACCCCCCAUCUUUCAUUUUAGUAGCAGCAUGGUUAACACCCUUAAGAAAAAAAGUAACCAUAUAAAAUAAUAAUUUAACAAACUCCAAAAGCACAGUAAGUAGGUUGUGCUUGCAUUUGUUUUUGUUUUUCUUUCAGUUUAACAUUCCACAUUUCUACAGAUUGCAGGUUGAAAUUCUUUCCUAUUGCCUAUUUCUACAUAAGCAUGAAAUUUGCUUGGUUUAACAUCCCUCAUGCAAUUAAAAAAACAUAAGAAUUUUGGUUUAUCCCUUUUCUUUCAUUUAGCUGUCUUAUCUUUUCCUUAUUUCCAGCAGAGUCACACAUGCCGACUUUGUAAUACUUGCUUGUUUUGCUAAGAUUUUCUUUUAUUAAUUUCUUCAAUGUGAGAGGUGGAAUAAAAACAUUUCUUUCACAGUUGCUCCAGGUAACCAGUAAUAAACCCAUUUUUGAAAGGUGGUAUAAUAACUGAGCUGUGAACAGUUAUAUGAUUUUACUUUGGAGACAUCAUUAUUUUUUAGCCUAGUUGUUUUAGUAAAAGUAAACUGUAGAAUACAGGUUUUCCAUCACCUACUGUUGUUAACAAUAAAAGCAGUUUUAACUGUCUCAAUAUGUGGGUUACUUUUAAACAUUUAGAAAUGUUUUAUCCUUAAGUAGAUUUAUUUGAGGACAAAGUUACAAAUAUCUGAGUUUUACCUAUAAACUAAGUAAAUUUACUGAGUUUAUACCUAUAAACUAAGUAAAAUAGCCUUUAUUUAUCAUAAUGUUUCAGCAGACAUUAAAUUAAUAGUUUCGAUUAUUGUGUGUGCCUAUUGAUGGUACUUGAAGUGUGAACCGUUUAUCUAAAGAAAUUAUGAAAAACUUUGGUUUCUCAAAUUAUUAUAAGAAACUGCACUUGUGCUGUAGUGCAGCUACUUCUGCUUUUUGUUUUAUUUUGUUGUUUUACAUAUCAGGAAUUUCAUAUUCAUGAAUUUGAAAGAUAUUUAAUUCCUUAUUAAAUAUCACUUCACCCCCC